AGGGGGUUGUUCCGAUUUUACGGUGGCUACCGACGACAGCGACAAAGAACUUCUAACCCCACCCCGAAAUGGAUAUUCGCGGCUAGGGAGGGAGGGGCGUCAAUUUGUGUUAUACACAUCUAGAAGUUGUUCAGUUUAACUUAACACUUUGGCCGGCGAACACAGACUAGCGAUCCACUUGUGAUAAGUGACAGUGAUAGUAAUAGUUUUAAUCUUUUUUUAUUUAAUUCUUUAUAACGUUGUGGACAUUAUUUAUAAUAUUUUAAUGUUUUAAAAAGUACAUCAAUUUAACGAAACUCUACUAGUACCAGUGACUGGUGAUGCGACUAUGAGUUCCUCGCCACAGAUAGAUGUGUGCUCAUCCCCGGAGCGGCCGUCGUCGCCUCUGCGCUGCUGCCCCUCCAAGACCUCGGACCGUCACUCUCCCAAGGUCGCCGACUCCAAGGGCUCCGGGCCGGGGUUCACGUCGUUCAGCAUCAGUAGUAUCUUGUCUCGUGGUGACGACCGGGACCGACGAGACCGCGACUCUCUGGACGUCGCUCACCUCGCUGCCGCAGCGGCGCUCCAUCCCUGCCACUCAGACCCCGCCAUGCUGUCCAGACUGGGGCUGAUGUCCCAUUUCAACGCCCUGGCCGCCGCCGCCAGUGGUCGCAGUCCCUUCAUCGCUGUCUACCCUCACCCACCCCCGGGCACUCCCUCGGACAAGCCGUGGUACGCUGCCUGGGCCAGACUGCAUCAGCCACCUCCCACCACCAGCCCUACAGGUGGCUCGACGACGACAAACGAAGAGACCAGUAGGCCGAGCACUCCUCACAGUGUCGGGCCUCGGAGUGGAUCUCCUCUACCACCCUCCAGCAGCCAAUCCAAGGACCAUGGACAUUCUGUUGGGGCUGACCCUCACCGACGCAGCCACAGCCCUGCGAGCUCUCUAGGUGAGGAAGCGACGUCCCCGAGGCAACCUCUGGGUAACCAUCACCUCAGCUCUCUCCUCGGGCCCAGCUUCCUCCAUCAGCACGACUCCUACCUGCAGCUCGCGGCCGCCAGUCAGAAGAACAUGCACAGUUACAUGUCGGAGCGACGGCACGACGACGACAUGGUUGUGGACGGUGAUGAAGUGGAGGAAGGAGACGACGAUUUCGACUCCAAGGACGACAAGAAGGACGGAGGCUUGAUGAGCAACAAUAACAAGAGGAAAAAGAAAACGAGGACGGUUUUUUCUAGAAGUCAAGUCUUCCAGUUAGAAUCUACCUUCGACAUGAAGAGAUAUCUGUCGAGCUCAGAGAGAGCGGGGUUAGCCGCGUCUUUGCAUUUGACAGAAACUCAAGUGAAGAUAUGGUUCCAGAACAGGCGGAACAAGUGGAAGAGGCAGCUGGCGGCCGAGCUGGAGGCCGCGAACAUGGCCCAGGCAGCACAGAGACUGGUGAGAGUUCCCAUCUUGUACCACGAGGCAUCGUCUACUCCUGGACUACAGCAUCACUUGUCCGUCCCUGUCACCUCCGCCUCCUCCGCGUACCCUUCCCUCUACUACCACCAUCACCACCAUCACACUCCCCCGUCCUCCUCGCAGUCCUCACCUCCUCGUGCGCCCUUGCCUAGCCUAGUCUGAAGUUUACCUCACGUUUACCCUGUGGAGGAGCCGACCACUUUUUCCUUCCAUCCUUACAGAGUAACCCUACCAACGGGCUCUGACAAUUUCUGUUACACACCUAGCAAAGAACUCUAACAUUAAUUUCGCAAUACAUCGACAAUCCUACACUUACACUGGUACUUGGUGCUAGCAAAAUUAUUCAUUUUCGUCACUUGUUGUAAAGUACAUUGUUUAAUAAUUCAUUCUCUAUUAAUAGUUUAGUUAUAUUUUCAAUAUUCAGGAACCAAACCUAUUAUGAUCUCAUGCUCGGACAAUGAUACAAACUGGCCAUUGAAAGUCUGUAUCAUUUACUGAAAAUAAAACUAUUAACCUUAUUAAUGUAUGUAUUACUAAAUUAAAUUUGGGUAACUCUCACCCAUUAGGCUGUGCUAUGACCUAAGUAUUCCGCAAAUAAUUACAAUUUCGUUUGGUAAUAGUCAUUUAAAUGUGGAAAUUGCGAUUUAUAUUAAGUUAUUUUAGUUAUGAAUUUGCUAACUAUUUUAUAACAAUAAGACUUAAGUAAAAAACAACAUUUCAUACCUAACAUACAUGAGAGAUAGAGUGAUUCACUGUUAUUUUAUUUUAUAAUUUCCCAUCAAGAUCCGAAUUGCAACUAUGAAUGAAAACUAUUGUUUUGCUCUGUCUAUAGACCAAAUAUUAGGAAUUUACAUUUACAUAACAUUUCCUUAUAAAUUGAUGGUUUUCAUGCUUGAAUCUCAUAAUGUACUAACUUGAAACUUGUAACAAAAUAAUUGAUUUCUUUUCCAUAUUCGAUGAAAAGUGAGAGGAAGGUGUUUUAUGUACAAAUAUGUAAGGACUAGUCAGUGUUGAAUUUGUCGAUCUCGUUUUGUAAUAAAUGUACCUAAUUAUGUACAAAAUAGUAGUUAGUAUUAAAGAUUUGUGAUAGUAAUGUAUUAUAUAGAUAGGUUUAGGAAGUAAGUUUAUUUAUUUGUAAAGAAUUGUCAUUGAGUACCUUUAUGAACAUUAACAUUUAACUUUAAAACAAAGGUCCCUUGAGAGAAUUACGUUUCACUAAGCAUUGUACAAAACCUUGACAUUUAUUUUCUCAAUUGGAAUAUGACAACCUGCGUUUACACAAUCUUAAGUGAUUUGUAAAUUGACAAGUUACUGUGCAGUACUUCCACUUCACAAAAUAUUCUUGGAUCUAAAAUGAAAUUACAAACUGUUGUAAAUAUAUUAAAUACGGUUACCAUGUAAAAUGUACCAUGUUCGAUGUUGUCGUAGACCUUUGCUUCAUACGUGUUAUGUACAUUUUCAA